UGGCCUUGAGAAAGCCCUACAUAGCGGACUCGCAGCUGAUCGCUGAAGCAUCGCUCCUGUUCCACUCUAAAGUCAAAAUGUCCUCUUUAUCGGGGAAAGAGAGCAGCGCGCAGCACGCGUCCUACGUGGGACCGUACCGGCUGGAGAAGACACUGGGCAAAGGACAGACAGGCUUGGUGAAGUUGGGGGUUCACUGUGUCACGUGCCAGAAAGUCGCCAUAAAGAUUGUGAACCGGGAAAAACUUAGCGAAUCAGUAUUGAUGAAGGUUGAGAGGGAAAUAGCGAUCCUGAAGCUCAUAGAACAUCCUCACGUAUUGAAGCUGCACGACGUGUAUGAAAAUAAGAAAUAUUUAUAUUUGGUUCUAGAGCACGUGUCUGGUGGCGAGCUUUUCGACUACCUGGUAAAGAAGGGAAGAUUAACGCCCAAAGAGGCCAGGAAGUUUUUCAGACAGAUCAUCUCGGCACUGGACUUCUGUCACAGUCACUCCAUAUGCCACAGAGACCUGAAGCCAGAGAACCUGCUGUUGGAUGAGAAGAACAACAUCAGAAUAGCAGACUUUGGAAUGGCUUCUCUGCAGGUUGGAGACAGUCUCUUGGAAACUAGCUGUGGAUCUCCUCACUAUGCCUGCCCAGAGGUGAUCAGGGGAGAGAAGUAUGAUGGCAGAAAAGCAGAUGUUUGGAGCUGUGGGGUCAUCCUCUUUGCACUUUUAGUGGGUGCUCUGCCGUUUGACGACGACAACCUGAGGAAUCUGCUGGAGAAGGUAAAGCUGGGAGUGUUCCAUAUGCCUCACUUUAUCCCUCCUGACUGCCAGAACCUGCUGAGGGGAAUGAUCGAAGUGGACGCGGCCAAAAGACUCACGUUAGAACAGAUACAGAAGCACACAUGGUACAUUGGGGGGAAGAACGAGCCGGAACCAGAGCAGCCCGUUCCACGAAAGGUAGCGAUCCGCACGCUGCCCUCGGCUGAAGACAUCGACCCGGAUGUGCUGGAGAGCAUGCACUCUCUUGGCUGCUUCCGGGACAAGAACAAACUGAUGAAAGACCUGCUGUCUGAUGAUGACAACCAGGAGAAGAUGAUUUACUUCCUCCUGCUGGACCGUAAAGAGCGGUAUCCCAGCCAUGAGGACCAGAACCUGCCUCCACGUAAUGAGAUUGAUCCCCCAAGGAAGCGGGUAGACUCUCCUCUGCUGACCAGACACAACAAGAGGAGACCGGAGCGCAAGUCCAUGGAGGUACUGAGUGUAACUGAGGGAGGAUCCCCUGUGCCUGUACGGCGAGCUAUCGACAUGAACCAGCAUGGACAGAGUAAAUCAGUUUUCAGUAAAAGCCUGGAUAUUUCAGACGCCCACCCCAAAGCACGAAGCAAAGACGAAAGGUCACGGUCCAUCAGUGGUGCUUCAUCUGGCCUGUCCACCAGUCCCCUCAGCAGUCCUCGGCCUGUGCGACGCUUUUUUAUUCCCCCGCAAUCCUCGGAGCUCAUGCAGUCGCCCAACCACAACCCAAGGCUGAACGGCACCUUCCAGCCAGGCCUAGGGGCGCAAAACUCGGCACAAAACAACAAAACCCAGACACUCCCAGCUAAACCCAAAGGCUCAGAAAAGCCCCUCCAGAGCACUAGAUCAAACCCGCUUCCAAAUACCACAGCCACACCGCUGACCGCCAAGUCUGAGCCAUCGACGCCAUCUACGCCAUGUCACCCCAUCUCCCCAGCCAUCCCUGUGCCCAACAGUCCGAAGGUGCGCCGGCCGCCCCUGACUGUGCCCCCUAAGCUUUCAGUUCCCCUCUCACAGGCAUCGCCUCUCUCUCCCAUCCGCCUGCACCACCUGCACCCGCUGGCCACGACUGACCACAACGGCAAAUGUAUCCCCAUUGUACAGGUGACUCCUCACCCCUCACCCCGGGCCAGCCCCUUGCCAACGCCCAAAGGGACGCCCGUUCACACGCCCAAGGAGAGUCCAGCAGGUACACCGAGUCCCACACCACCCCCAAGUCCCUCUAUUGGGGGCAUGCCCUGGAGGACGCGACUCAACUCCAUCAAGAACAGCUUCCUCGGCUCGCCGCGCUUCCACCGCAGGAAACUGCAAGGUUUGGUGCCAAGAUCUUAUCCUGUACCAACCCAAGAGGAAAUGUCCAGUCUGACACCGGAGUCUUCCCCUGAACUCGCAAAAAAAUCUUGGUUCGGGAAUUUCAUCAAUUUGGAGAAAGAGGAGCAGAUCUUCGUGGUGAUCCAGGACAAGCCUCUGAGCUCGAUCAAAGCCGAUAUUGUGCAAGCCUUUCUCUCUAUUCCCAGCCUCAGCCACAGCGUGGUUUCUCAGACGAGUUUCCGUGCGGAGUACAAGUCCACGGCCGGCCCCGCCGUCUUCCAGAAGCCCGUGAAGUUUCAGGUGGACAUCACCUACACGGAGAGCACGUCGGCCACCAAGGAGAACGGCAUCUACUCCGUCACCUUCACCCUGCUCUCAGGUCCUAGUCGACGCUUCAAACGAGUUGUGGAGACAAUUCAGGCUCAGCUGUUAAGUACGCACGACCAGCCUGCCGUCCAGCAGCUGUCUGGCAGCCCAUUGACUAGCUUCUUUGACGUAAUUAAACAGCUCUUUUCAGACGAGAAGUCGGGGCAGGUGUCGCAGCCCCCCGGCACGCCCAAGCACGGUGCCGGCGCCAAGAAACACGAGUCCGACUCUAAUGCCUCCAAGAGCAAAGACAAACCCAAGGUGGCACCUUCAGUCGGGACACAGGAGCAGCCUUAAAAACCAAGAGCGUUAGUACAUGACUAGAUUUAUUUAAUUUUUUUAAAAUCUAGUCCACUUAUUAACUUAGAAAUAAAUCUCAGUCGAACCCCUCGGUAAACUCUUGUAUCUCGGGACGAUUCCUGCAGUAGAACAUCAACACCAGACACAUUGAGACGGAUGUUCUUGGUUUCUUUGCCGAAAUGUCUUGCAUUGCAUUUCAUGUUUUGCUCUGUGUCUUUUUGUCCGGUUCAUUUUGUGAUGCCCUUUUGCACAUUUUCUGCUGCCAGGGAUUAUCCAGAAAACGUGUUAGAACCCGACUGCUGCUCUCGCAUGAGCUUCGUGUACAGUAUGUUGACGGAAGGCACAUUAUACAGCAAGUACAAGCUACGGACAUGGAGGCUCCUCAACACCGACUCACAAAGACCACCGCGACUUAUUCACCCUUCACCUUCUUCUCUCUCAUUUAGAGCCACAUCUGUCUGAAGAAUUACAAAUCCUAUUUUAGGACAUUUACAUGACCUUUAAUCUCUGUCCCACUGUUGGCGAUACCUUAUCCCUGUUACACUCUCUCUCACACACACACACCCCAGAUGCAUUGAGAUGAAGAAGCUGCCAGUGAAGUGGAUGUCAAGGCGUUUGAGGAGCAGCCUGCACGGACUCUCGGUGGAUUGUAAUUCUUUUUUUUUUUUUUUUUUCCGUUGUAGUGUUUCUUUACGAAUGACAGAAUCAAACUAUUUUAUGAACUCUGUGUUAUUGCUGUACAAGAUUUUGAAAUCUUAUUUGGAAAAUUACUAUGACCCGAGCCUAUUCCGAGGUGCUUUGGGAUGGGAUAAGAAAGGGGGAAAUGUUUCACUAAAUGCUCUAUUCUCUUGUACAGCCUGUAUAUGUUUAUUACGUAAACCUCGUCUAGUCGUGAUUCUGCUUGAUCUGAUUGUGUUGCCAUGUUUUGUUCAGUUUUCUUCUUUUUUUGUCCUCCAUGUAGUGAUGAACUAUUUUGUCACCUUUGAAUGAAACGAUGCAUAAUUUAUUUAAUUUUGAUGUCAAUUUUGCAUUUUUGAAGAAAAAAAAACUAUAAAAAAAACAAAAACUUUUUGGAGAAGCAUCUGCAGGAUUCAGAGAACUUUGGCCAUAAUUGUGUAUAAUUUUAUAACUUAUUUAUCAUCCUGUUUUAUUUGUUCUUGUUCUUAUUGUUUAUUAAUUUAUGCAGCUGGGACUAUUUAUAAAACCAAAUUUGGGUAGUUUAGUGUUCGUAUCAGAGCUAUUUGUCAAAUUGUUUGCAUUUUUUUUUUUUUUUUUACUUUGUCAUUUCUUGUUUGUUAAGACUCAUCAGAAUUUUUGUGAACAAAGCACUCUUUCUUUUCUGGUUUUGAGCAGAAAAAGAGCUUGUAGUAUAUGUUAAAUUAUUUACCAGUAAUUUAAGAAUGUAGACUAGCCUCUACUCGGGACGGGGCGGGUAUAACGUUAUGAACUCUUGCUAUUUGUCACUUUUUAAAUCUCAUAGUGUGUGUAUAAACAGGUCAAAACACUUGAACCAUGUGAUGUAAAUAGAUUACUUUGCCAAUGAGUUUCUUAAGGCACCAAGGGGAUCGUCCUGCUCAUGGCUAUGUUCUCGUAUUUGCCGUUUGCAUGUCAGACAUCCGGCUUUUCUCUGCAUGAUGAUGAUGUAUAUGUUCAAUUUGCCCUCUCUUGUGCUUUCCCCCCCUUCUUUCUUCCCCAUUUUUUCCCCCAAAUGACUGAAUAGUUUUUUUUUUCCCCUUCCUCACUUUUCUGUUUUUAUGUUCAUGCCUCAUUCCCUACUUGUCCUUUAGUAUUUUUCUUUUCGUCCCUUCUGUUCUGUACGGUUUUCUCUGAGAGGGUGUGCUACAACCCACCUUGUUGCAGGUGCAUAUCCACAACACAGCAGAAUUCAGAUAGAGAAAUAAACUAAGCAAUACCUAUUCUUAUCCUUCCUAUUUUCUACUUUGAGGGAAAAGAUAAGCUGGAAUACUGAUUGAUUAAUAUGAGCAGGUGAAAGAAAAAAAAUACCCACAAUGUAUCCCCUUGUAACUACUGUGAAUGAAUUCAGUGCAAACAGA